GAAGAAAAUUUUACCUGUGAAAUCGACCAAUGAUAUGACAAGCAUCGGUGUCGGUCUCAUGGCAACGAAUAAGGGGCGGAGCUGUAAUGGAAUUCAAAAUAAGGAGACAUUUGAUGAUUUUUGAAGACAUUUCGUUGAAGGGAAGAUGUCUUUCAUGUUUUACGGGAUGUAUGCCUCCAUUCUCAUCUUUUUAGCCUUUAGAACAGUUUUGUGUGAUCCAGCAACAUGGACACCAGAAGGUUUCUUUAGAAUUCAACCUUGGGAAGAUAAUAAAUUUAGCGUUACUAAAGACCAGAUAAAUAUUUUAUGCGCACUUUUCGGUGACAAAAUCGAAGAAUGUCGCCAAAAUUCGAAAAUAUAUCCUGAAGAUAUAUUGGAUAUUGAUGAAUUAGGUAAAAGGGAGAAGAUGCGAGGAGUUAAUUUACCAAUUAUUCCUUGCGAAGGAAGCAGUNUACAAAAUACAUGUGUAUUAAGUCAAUAA